AUGCUCGAGGUCCUCGACACCGCCGGACAGGAGGAAUACACCGCCCUGCGCGACCAGUGGAUAAGAGACGGCGAGGGCUUCGUGCUCGUCUACAGCAUCACCUCGCGCUCCUCCUUCACCAGGAUACAGAAAUUCCACCACCAGAUCCAGCUCGUCAAGGAGUCUGCCAGCUCCGGCUCGCCCACCGGUGCCAGCUACCUCUCCUCCCCACUCACCUCCGCCAUCUCUACCACGCCCGCCGGCCCCGUGCCCGUAAUGCUCGUCGGCAACAAGUCGGAUAAGGCAGUCGAGCGCGCCGUCUCGUCUCAGGAAGGCAUGGCGCUGGCCAAGGACCUUGGCUGCGAGUUUGUUGAGGCCUCCGCCAAAAACUGCAUCAACGUCGAAAAGGCCUUUUUCGAUGUCGUCAGGCUGCUCAGGCAGCAGAGACAGCAGCAGCAGCAGCAACAACAGCUCAACCGGCCUUCGGACCGGAGGACAACUGGGUUCGGUGGGCAGGGCGGCUCCAACAGGGACCUCAAUGGGUCAGACUAUCAAAAGGCGCUGCGUCCCGAUAGAUCAAAAUCACACCGGGGUGUCAAAUGCCUGAUUCUCUAG